UCACUACCUCACCUGCAGGAUUCAGGAAUGUGCUGAGACAACUCGGAGUGGGCCCUUUGCUCGCUCCAUUGACAUCAGCUCUCUGGUUGUCCAGGAUGAAUAUAUCUUCAUUCAGGUAACAACUGGUGGAAGAGCCAGCUACUACGUUUCUUAUCGAAGAGAGGCCUUUGCUCAGAUAAAGCUGCCCAAAUACUCCUUGCCAAAGGACAUGCACAUCAUCAGCACAGAUGAGAACCAAGUGUUUGCAGCCGUCCAAGAAUGGAACCAGAACGACACAUACAACCUCUACAUCUCAGACAUGCGAGGGAUCUACUUCACCCUGGCCAUGGAGAACGUUAAAAGCAGCAGAGGUCUGAUGGGAAACAUCAUUAUUGAAUUGUAUGAGGUAGCAGGUAUCAAAGGGAUAUUCCUGGCAAACAAGAAGGUGGAUGACCAGGUGAAGACAUACAUCACUUACAACAAAGGCAGGGACUGGCGCUUACUGCAAGCUCCGGAUGUGGACCUGAGAGGAAGCCCAGUGCAUUGCCUGCUGCCCUUCUGUUCCCUACACCUGCACUUGCAGCUUUCCGAAAAUCCAUAUUCUUCAGGAAGAAUCUCUAGCAAGGAGACAGCCCCAGGACUUGUGGUGGCUACAGGCAACAUUGGCCCGGAGCUCUCAUAUACUGAUAUUGGUGUGUUCAUCUCCUCCGAUGGGGGCAACACAUGGAGACAGAUCUUUGAUGAAGAGUACAAUGUCUGGUUCCUAGACUGGGGUGGCGCCCUUGUGGCCAUGAAACACACACCUCUGCCAGUCAGGCAUUUGUGGGUGAGUUUUGACGAGGGCCACUCUUGGGACAAGUAUGGUUUCACAUCAGUUCCUCUCUUUGUGGAUGGGGCUUUGGUGGAGGCAGGAGUGGAGACCCACAUCAUGACAGUUUUUGGCCACUUCAGCCUCCGCUCUGAAUGGCAGUUGGUGAAAGUGGACUACAAAUCUAUCUUCAGCCGGCGCUGCACCAAGGACGACUAUCAGACCUGGCACCUGCUCAAUCAGGGAGAGCCUUGUGUCAUGGGAGAAAGGAAAAUAUUCAAGAAACGUAAACCAGGAGCUCAGUGUGCCCUGGGUCGAGAGCACUCGGGGUCAGUGGUCUCAGAACCCUGUGUCUGUGCUGACUGGGACUUCGAGUGUGACUAUGGCUAUGAGCGACAUGGGGAGAGCCAAUGUGUCCCAGCUUUCUGGUACAAUCCAGCAUCUCCAUCAAAGGACUGUAGCCUUGGUCAAAGCUAUUUUAACAGCACUGGGUACCGCCGAAUUGUAUCCAACAACUGCACAGAUGGGCUGAGGGAGAAGUACAGUGCCAAGGCUCAGAUGUGCCCUGGAAAAGCUCCCCGGGGCCUCCAUGUGGUGACGACUGAUGGGCGCCUGGUGGCAGAGCAGGGUCACAAUGCAACCUUUAUCAUCCUCAUGGAGGAGGGUGAUCUCCAAAGGACAAACAUCCAGCUUGAUUUUGGGGAUGGGAUUGCCGUGUCCUAUGCUAACUUCAGCCCCAUCGAGGAUGGCAUCAAGCACGUGUAUAAGAGUGCAGGAAUUUUCCAGGUGACAGCCUAUGCAGAGAACAACCUUGGCUCAGACACAGCUGUCCUCUUUCUGCAUGUGGUCUGUCCUGUGGAGCAUGUUCACCUCCGAGUUCCAUUUGUCACCAUAAGAAAUAAGGAAGUCAACAUCAGUGCUGUCGUGUGGCCCAGUCAACUGGGGACCCUUACUUAUUUCUGGUGGUUCGGCAAUAGCACAAAGCCUCUCAUCACCUUGGACAGUAGCAUUUCCUUCACAUUCCUUGAAGAGGGAACCAACACCAUCACUGUCCAGGUGGCUGCUGGAAAUGCCCUUAUCCAGGACACGAAAGAUAUUGCAGUUCAUGAAUAUUUCCAGUCUCAGCUCUUAUCAUUCUCUCCUAAUCUGGAUUACCAUAAUCCUGAUAUUCCUGAGUGGAGGCAAGAUAUUGGCAAUGUCAUCAAGCGAGCUCUGGUGAAAGUAACCAGUGUCCCAGAGGACCAGAUCCUGGUUGCCGUUUUCCCUGGCCUCCCCACUUCAGCAGAGCUUUUCAUUCUCCCACACAAAAAUCUGACAGAGAGGAGGAAAGGCAAUGAAGGGGACCUGGAACAAAUUGUAGAGACGCUGUUUAAUGCUCUAAACCAAAAUUUGGUCCAGUUUGAACUGAAACCAGGGGUACAAGUCAUUGUGUAUGUCACACAGCUGACAUUAGCUCCAUUGGUGGACUCCAGUGCUGGGCAUAGCAGCUCGGCCAUGCUUAUGCUCUUGUCAGUGGUGUUUAUAGGCCUGGCUGUGUUUUUGAUCUACAAAUUUAAAAGGAAAAUCCCCUGGAUUAACAUUUAUGCUCAAGUCCAACAUGACAAGGAGCAGGAGAUGAUUGGGUCAGUGAGUCAAAGUGAAAAUACCCCCAAAAUCACACUCAGUGACUUCACAGAGCCUGAGGAACUGAUGGACAAAGAGCUGGACACACGGGUCACAGGAGGCAUUGCCACCAUUGCCAACAGCGAAAGCACAAAGGAGAUCCCAAACUGCACUAGUGUUUAAUACCAACAAGUCAAGUGAUCAACCACCUUUCUGACCUUUUAUUUUUGAUGAUUACUGUUACUAUUAUUAUGGAAAAUGAAAAUGUCUUUUUUAUCUUUUGUUUACCAAGGGCCCCUUCAUUAAACAGCAGGCAGAUGCUUAGCUUUGGAAGAAAAAGGCAUUCUUUGCUGAUUGAAAUGAGACAAAAGGAAUAAAUAGCUGUAUUUGUACUAAGGGCAAAUACAAGGAUACAUCUUUCCACAACCUCCUUUAGUUAUUCUGCCAUUAAUAGCUUAAGGACUCUCUUUUUCCUUGUGAUCUCUCUUUUACAUAUAUAUAAAGUCGGGUUGGCUUUUUGUUAACCUUUUAUCUUUCCUCUCCAAAAAUUACCACACUCUCCCUACCCCCAGCACACAUACAUACAACACAAACCAUUUCCCAGUUAAAUCCGCAGGAGGUAGAUUGGUGGGGAGUGGGCAUAGCUUCAGACAGCAUGCACACCUUUGUGAAAGAGGCCCUGCCUUGUGCAUGUCAAUUGUGAGGCUACAGAUGGCUCAUUGUAUAUAAUUACAAUGUAAAUAACUUUUUAUUUCCUAAGAAAUAAUUUAAUGUUUAGUAAAAAAGAAAACAGAAAAAAGAAAGAUGAGUGUGUUGGCUUACGCACUGACCCUCAGAGCUGACCAACCCACCAGGCGUGCUUGAUGUGUUAGGUCUGGAGCUCUCCUGUUGUCUGUCACACUUAAUUCUUGCAUCUCCUUGUCCACAUCAUAGCUGGUUUCUAUUUAUGUAUAUAAAGGGGGGCGGGGGGAGGGCUUCUUUGGGGCAAUUGAAAAAGGAAGGACUCUAGUGACAUCAUAGAACAUGGAGGUCAUUUUUGUUUCAAAAAUGACAUGGAAAAAGCUAUAAGAUGAGGCCCACUAGAGGCUUCACACUGAGACUCAGAUGGGAAAAAGGCUUCCUCUCUUGAAGAAAAAAGUUGAGAAAAUUUGUCAGCCUGAAAAAAUAAUAUCUAAAGAAGGCAGUCAAUGGAUCAAAAAAUGACAAUCUAUCUUCUCAUUGGAUUUUAUGAAAAUGUGUAAUGCUUAUGGUGAAUUCUCAGGCUGUUCUUAGCUCAGAAAAGUCCUCUGGUCACUUGGUUAAUUCCACUGAGUGCCUUGUGGCAUUGGAGGAGUUAGAGAGGUUAGAAGAGAGAUGGUAUUUGUGGAAUCAUGAAUCCAUGCAAACCCUGCAGGCCAAAUAGGGAUCUAGCUUUUAAUGAUAUUAGUCAAAGGCAAUUUUAGCAAAGCUGUGCUAUUUGCUUGUCAGAUGUACUCAACUUCCUUAAAGUCAAAUGUCUGCCUUCAGUUCCCUUAAGGUAGUUCUUGCCUCUGGGGUGAGUGACUUUCCAAACUGUUGAGCUUUUCCAGCACCUCAGCACCUUCACAUAUUUACACAUACCAGUUAUUUUCAGUAGGGUCACUUUAAGCCAUGCUGUAGGCAUUGUUUUUAUUUUCAAGAUCAGCCUGAGCACACUUGUUUUUAAAAGUGGUGUACUGUAUAUAUAAUGGAGGAACGGCCACAUUUUGCACCUGUUAAUUUUUGCAGAAGUUGUUCUCAUUCUUCUUUAUGAGACACAGAGUGAAUGUGAUACAGAGAAAUCUGACUGGCUACAGCAUAGAUCAGUAUUAGAGAUAUUUGAAAGAUCCUUUUUUUGUUUGUUUGUUUCAAGGGUUAAAUGGGGCAGACAAUUGCAAUACUUGUACUAAACACUGGAAUAAAGAUGCAUGAGUCAUAUCUAUAUAUACAGUAUAUGUACAUAUACUGUUCUUGGUUUUAUUGUUCCACUUGAAUAUUUCUACUGUAAAAAAAGACAGUGGUUUUGAAAUUGUUGAAAAUAAAUGUAUUUUUGUACAUCAAACCUA